CAUCGGUCAAGAACCAACCCAGUUUACUGCAACCAAUUCCUUUCCUUUCUGAGAAAUAGUCACUUGUUUGCUGUUGAAAUCUUGGCACUAGCUGUGGUAGGUGGUGCACUCCUUUCUGCUUUCAUUGACGUUCUUUUUGACAGACUAGCUUCCCCUGAGUUCGUCAACUACAUCCGUGGAAAGAAGCCUGACAAAUUGCUUCAAAAGAUGAAGAGCCAGCUGCUUGUGGUUAAAGUUGUGCUUGCUGAUGCUGAGAAGAGACAAAUCACCGACUCCAAUGUCAAAGAGUGGCUCGAUCUUCUCAAUGAUCUUGUCUACGAGGUUGACGACUUGCUUGAUGAAGUUUCUACUAAAGUUGCUACUAAAAAGGAGGUAAGCAAUCCGUUUUCUCACCUUUUCAAAAGGAACAAAGUUGUUAGUAUUAGUAAGUUGGAAGACAUAGUGGGAAGGUUAGAUGAAAUUUUAAAACAAAAGGAGAGUCUUGAUUUGAGAGAGAUUCCAGUAGAGAACAACCAGUCAUGGAAGGCUCAGACAACAUCUUUGGAAGAUCGGUAUGAGAUAUACGGUAGGGAUAAAGACAGAGAGACCAUUAUGAAGUUGGUGUUAGAGGAUAGCAGUGAUGGUGAAGAAGUGUCUGUGAUACCUAUAGUUGGCAUGGGUGGGGUUGGAAAAACGACCUUGACCCGAUCUGUGUACAACGAUGGCAACUUGAAUCAGAUAUUUGAAUUGAAGGCAUGGGUGUGUGUUUCUGAUAUAUUUGAUAUUGUGAAGGUGACAAAAACUAUGAUAGAGGAAAUUACUCAAAAGCCUUGUAAAUUGAGUGAUCUAAACUCAAUUCAACUUGACUUGUUGGACAAACUGAAAGGUAAGAAAUUCUUGAUUGUCUUGGAUGAUGUUUGGAUCGAGGAUUGUGAAAGCUGGAGUAGUCUUACAAAACCAUUUAUAAGAGGGAUUAGGGGAAGCAAAGUUCUCAUGACAACACGCAAUGAAAGUGUAGCCGCUGUAGUCCCUUUUCAUAGUGUCAAAGUAUAUCAUCUAAGCAAACUGUCAAAUGAAGAUUGUUGGUCAGUGUUUGCAAGCCAUGCAUUUCCUCUUUCUGAAGGCAGUGAGAAUAGGGGAGCUCUAGAAAAGAUAGGAAAGGAGAUUGUUAAAAAGUGUAAUGGGCUGCCAUUAGCUGCACAGUCACUUGGAGGAAUGUUGAGAAGAAAGCACGAUAUUAGGGAUUGGAAUAAUAUACUUGAAAGUGACAUUUGGGAACUUUCUGAAAGUCGGUGUAAAAUCAUUCCAGCACUCAGGAUUAGUUAUAAUUAUCUUCCUUCACAUUUAAAACGGUGUUUUGUGUAUUGCUCACUGUACCCCAAGGAUUACGAAUUUCAUAAAGAUGAACUGAUACCGCUGUGGAUGGCUGAAGAUCUUCUAAAAGCAACGAAGAAAGGAAAGACUUUGGAAGAAGUUGGACACGAGUAUUUUGACGAUUUGGUUUCGAGAUCGUUUUUUCAAUGUUCAAGUCGUCGAAAUUGGGGUAGUUAUUUUGUAAUGCACGAUCUCAUGCAUGAUCUAGCAACAUUCCUCGGCAGGGAAUUCUAUUUCCGAGCGGAUGAACUUGGAAAAGAAACCAAAAUUGAUAGAAAGACUCGCCAUUUGUCUUUUAAGAGAUUUAGUGAUUCGGUCUUAGAUACUGAAGUUCUUGAUAAGGUAAAAUUUUCGAGAACUUUCUUGCCAAUCAAUUUUAAAGAUUCUCCUUUCAACAAUGAAAAGGCAACACGUAUUAUAGUGUCGCUCAAGUACUUGAGAGUCUUAUCAUUUUCCUACUUCCAAAGUCAGCUUGCUCUGCCUGAUUCAAUAGGUGAAUUGAUCCAUUUGCGUUAUUUAAAUCUCUCUGGUACAAGUAUAGCAACGUUGCCGGAUUCAUUGUGUAAUCUGAACAACCUGCAGACUUUGAUGUUGUCUAGUUGCUUAAAUCUGACUAAGUUGCCCAGUGCCAUGCAAAAUCUUGUUAACUUGCGUCAUCUUGAAAUCAUUGGUACUCCCAUAAAAGAGAUGCCUAAAAGAAUGGGGAAACUAAAUCAAUUACAGAACUUGGAUAUCUAUAUUGUGGGCAAGCAUGUAGAGAAUAGCAUCAAAGAACUGGGAGGAAUUCCAAAUCUGCAUGGUUACUUUUGUAUUAAGAACUUAGAGAAUGUUACUAAAGGUGAAGAAGCACUAGAGGCAAGGAUAAUGGAAAAGAAGCACAUCAACACUUUAAGAUUGGAGUGGUCUGCAUGUAACGACAAUUGCACCGAAUUCCAAAUUGAAUUAGAUGUACUCAGCAAUUUACAACCUCAUCAAGACCUUAAAUGGCUAUCAAUAAGCGGUUAUAAAGGAACAAGAUUUCCAGAAUGGAUCGGAAACUUUUCCUACCAAAAUAUGACAAAUCUGUCUUUAAGAAAUUGUAAAAGCUGUUGCAAGCUUCCUUCACUUGGGCAACUACCGUCUCUGAAGAAGCUCGAAAUUUCAGAUAUGAACUCGGUGAAAACUAUUGAUGCAGGGUUUUAUAAGAAGGAAGAUUGUUCAUCUAUGAUUCCCUUUCCCUCCCUUGAAUCUCUACACAUUUAUGACAUGCCUUGUUGGGAGGAAUGGAGUGGGUUUGAUUCAAAAGCUUUUCCCGUGCUUAAGGUUCUUUAUAUAUUUAGCUGUCCCAAACUAAAGGGAGAUUUACCAAAUCACCUCCCUGCUUUGGGAAAACUCAGGAUUACAAAUUGCGAGCUUCUUGUCUCUUCUGUGCCAAGAGCUCCCACCCUUCAAGUAUUAGAGAUACUUGAAAGCAACAAAUUAGCAUUUGAUGUGUUUCCUCUUAUGGUAGAAUCUAUAGAGAUAAAAGGAAGGCCAAUGGUGGAGUCUGUGAUGGAGACCAUCACUAACAUUCAACCUACUUGCCUCCGUUAUUUGGCACUAGAGGAUUGUUCUUCAGUGAUAGGUUUAUGUAUAUAUUUUUCAUAUGGUCGUCUUCCUGCAUCGCUAAAAAACCUGCACAUCAGUGGUUUAAAGAAACUGAAAUUCCCAAUGCAACAAAAACAUGAAUUAUUGGAAUCACUAAGAAUGAAUAAUAGUUGCGAUUCACUGACGUCUCUCCCAUUGGCCACCUUUCCAAAUCUCAUACGUCUGCAAAUCACAAACUGUGAAUAUAUGGAAUCACUUUCUGUCUUAGCGUCAGAGUCGUUCAAGAGUUUGAGUUCUUUCGAUAUAGGCGGUUGCCCCAACUUUGUAUCAUUCCCGGGAGAAGGAUUGUGUGCGCCCAAUUUGACUCGGUUCAGUGUUUAUGAUUGUGCCAAGUUGAAGUCAUUGCCCUAUCAGAUGAGAACUCUUCUCCCAAAGAUGGAAUAUCUUAACAUAUCCAACUGCCAACAAAUUGAGUGGUUUCCUGGAGGAGGUAUGCCACCUAACUUAAGAACACUUGAUCUCAGGAAUUGUGAGAAACUACUGAGCGGCCUAGAAUGGAUGGACAUGGUUACCUCUCUCAAUGUCCAUGGUCCAUGUGAUGCCAUUAAUUCCUUCCCAAAGGAGGGAUUGUUGCCUCCCUCCCUUACAUCUCUGUCUCUAAUUGAUUUGUCAAGUCUGAAGACGUUGGAGUGCAAAGGCCUUCUCCAUCUCUCAUCACUACAACAAUUGCAAAUUCAAAAUUGUAAAAAGCUUGAGAAUAUUGCUGGAGAAAGAUUGCCUGUCUCUCUACUUAAAUUAAGCAUAGGGGGAUGUCCCUUGUUGCAAAAACUGUGCCACAAAAAGGACCGUCAAAUUUGGCCUAAAAUCUGCCAUGUCCGUGGGAUAAAGAUUGACGGUAGAUGGAUUUAGUGAGGAAGGAUGAUGAGCAGAAUUGUAGAUGAAGCUGGGAGAAGAGCUGAGACAAGAGGAGAUGGAGCAAUGAAAAAUAGAAGAGAAUAUAAGACUGAUCCAUGCUAGUUUUAUGAGCAUGAGACAGUAAGCCAAUGAUGGUUGGGAUAGAUUAUAGUUAUGAAUUUGACAGGAAUUAAUUAUCCCAAUGUUGCCGCUCCUAUUAAUUACUAUUACAAUCAUUAUUAUUUGAAGUUUUAUAUUUUUAUGAAUAUUGUCGGUGGAGGAGAUGAAAUUUUCAUGUUUUAAUUUGUUGUUGUACUUCAA